AAAAGACCGAGUCACUCCUUGCAAGCUGUGUGCUUUCUUCCAGUUUUCUUCAAUUUUCUUUAUUAUUUUAGGUGUAAACAGAGUAAUUCAACAUGAGUUCGAGUACGACGGAAUACGUUCAAAUAAAAGAAUUAAAACCUGGUAUGAAGAAUAUUAACGCCGUCUUCAUUGUACUCGAGGUCGGCGCCCCGACACUCACUAAGGAAGCCCGAGAGGUGCGAACUCUUCGAGUAGCCGACGCGACAGCGAGCGUGAAUCUGUCGGUGUGGGACGCGCCGGGAGCCCUACUGCAGCCCGGGGACAUCGUGCGACUCACACGCGGCUACGCAUCGCUGUGGCGGUCCGCCCUCACACUGUACUCCGGCAAGUCGGGUGAUAUUCAGAAGGUUGGAGAGUUCUGUAUGCUGUUUAAUGAGCAGGUAAACAUGAGCGAGCCUCAGCCGACACCUCCCCCCCCAGCGCCGGGCACGGCGCCCCCGGAGCGCGCCAAUGGCGCUCACGGGGCGCGCGCCCUGCCCGCCACCGUCCCCACUAAGCCAGAAAGGUUUGACAACAAGCACCCGCAUAAAACAUACGUCAGAGGAGGAGGAAGAGGCCACCAGAGAGGAGGUAACCGGAGGUAAUGCUGUGAUACGCUUGUAUUUUGUAGGUUAGGUAGACGUUUGGUGGGUAUACCCAGUUAUUGAAGGUGUACCAUCAGAGCGGAAAAAAAACAGUCAACUAGCCUAUUGUACCUCAAUGUUGGCAAUAAGGCCUUAUUGGCUGCUGCCAAUGAAGGACUUUCCAGGAUACGUUCCUUUUGUUACUACAUAACAUAACAAAUACUUUAUUGCACAAACAGGAAAAAACAAAAUGCAAAAGAGAGAUAGAAUGAGUACAAUAGGCGGCCUUAUUGCUAAGUAGCAAUCUCUUCCAGGCAACCUUUUCGUAGAGGAGAUAUUGAACUACGUUAAUUUUACUACGUUUUUUUACAUUAUUGUUACUACGUUAAUCUUCCUUUGUUUAAUCUUCUAAUAUCUUGUAUAACAGAAAAUAUGCAUUUUUUAUCUUUGUUUUUGGGUAUAAAUGAUGACCCUUGUUAAUAUACCCAGGCACUAUACAUCUGCCACCCAUUAUUAUUCUGAUCAAAAUAAAGAGAAGCAAUAAUUACCAACAUAAUUCUAUACAUAAUGUGAUCCAAAUAUCAAGCAACAAUUAUUUUUAUAUAUGAUUCUGCCAUUACUAAUGAGACAAUAGGUAAUUAUCACGUAAAAUCUGGACAGCGCCAUCUAUAUUAUUGAGGUACGGUCACGAGCAACAAUAUGUAUACACUUUGGUACCAUGUCACAUUAACUGUUUUGACAAAUUGAACUGUAAGUCUCACUAAAUGUCAAAUAUAUUAGUGCGACAGAGUCCUAAAGUGGGUACAUUAUGUUGCUCAUGACUGUACGUAGCCUGGAAAGUAUCUCAUUGCGUUGUUAUAUUCCUUGUGUACGUUUUAAAAUGUUUCAUUUAUGUGUGUGCAAUAAAGAAUAUUUGAUUUCAAUUCAUUAUGAAAUUUUAUGUGGGAUCAGAUGACCAUGAAGGGGAAAGCGGCUAAGCAUAAUAUUUUAAAAAGAUAGAAGACUGAAAUGAUCGUUAUACCAGCUAUUCUUAAGCUGUUCAAAAAAUAAAUCGAGAGGGCCUAAAAACGCCACAUGAAGCAAUCCACCUAAAAAGCAAUAUUGCUAUUUGACAUUUGUUUACAUUGCGCGCAUUUCGAUCGAGACCUGGGCUGCGUUGCAGUCUCUUCAGAGGUGCCAAGUGGACCAUAGGUACAUCGAAGUGCUAAGGGACCUCUACCAAAAUGCCACUAUGUCAGUUCGAGUACAGAACCAGAGCUCUAAUCCGAUCCAACUGCAGCGAGGAGUGAGACAGGGAGAUGUCAUCUCUCCGAAACUGUUCACUGCUGCAUUGGAGGAUAUUUUUAAGCUUCUGGACUGGAAAGGAUUUGGCAUCAACAUCAACGGCGAGUACCUGACGCACCUUCGAUUUGCCGAUGAUAUAGUCCUAAUGGCUGAGACCCUGGAAGACCUGAACACCAUGCUCGAGCAUCUCAGUAACGCAUCCCAACGAGUGGGUCUUAGCAUGAACAUGGCAAAGACAAAAAUUAUGUCCAACGACCAUGUCGCACCCACUCCAGUUCAGGUUGGGAACGUUACACUCGAAGUUGUAGACCAGUACAUUUACCUAGGACAAAUAAUCCAGUUAGGUAAGUCCAACUUCGAGAAAGAGAUCUCUCGUCGGAUCCAACUCGGAUGGGCAGCGUUCGGGAAGCUGCGGAAUAUCUUCUCGUCCAGAAUACCUCAGUGUCUCAAGACGAAAGACUUUGACCAGUGCGUGUUGCCAGUGAUGACCUACGGCAGUGAGACGUGGCCGCUUACUAUGGGUCUCGUGAGGAGGCUCGGUGUCGCUCAGCGGGCAAUGGAGAGAGCUAUGCUCGGUAUUUCCCUGCUGGAUCGAAUCAGAAAUGAGGAGAUCCGCAGGAGAACUAAAGUCACCGACAUAGCUCGGAGAAUUGCAAAGCUGAAGUGGCAGCGGGCAGGACACAUAGCGAGGAGAACCGAUGGCCGAUGGGGCGGAAAGGUUCUGGAGUGGCGACCACGUGUCGGACGACGCUCAGUGGGUAGGCCCGCUACAAGGUGGACCGACGAUCUGGUGAAGGUCGCGGGAAGCCGCUGGAUGCGGGCAGCGCAGGACCGAUCGUCGUGGAGAUCCUUGGGGGAGGCCUAUGCCCAGCAGUGGGCGUCAUACGGCUGAUGAUGAUGAUGAUGAUGCGCACUUAUACAUUGUUUUAAGUUUACGCGGUUAUUAUCAUAAUUAAAGCACAUAAUAACGGGUUCUUACCGCGUUUAAAUGGGGAUAUGAGACUCCCGAUAUUUCGACACUGUUGCAAGUGCCAUCCAUGAUCACGGGAUGACUGAUGAGAUUGGAGUGGAAUAGUUUAUAUCGGGAGUCUCAUAUCCCCACCUAAACGCGGUAAGAACCCGUUAUUAUGUGCUUUAAUUAUUGCGCACUUAUAUUUAUAUGCGCAUAUGUCAAAUUGCAAUAUUGUUUUUUUAUGCAAUGCUCCAAUGUGGCCCUUUGAACCUACCAGUUCUUGUUUACUCAACUUGUAUCCAUUAUUACGUUCCUUUGUUUCCUGUGCACCUAAUUUGAUUGAGUAUGCCCACGAACUAUACAAAAUUGUACUAAAUAUAUCUUAGUAGUAAUUAACAUUUACUUAAGAAAUACGAUAUUCCGAUUCGGGCCAACUUGGUUUGACAGGCCUAAAACCAACCUAAUACUAACUCUAUCUCUUUCUCGUACGUAUUGUAAGUGAAAGACGGAACGAAUUUAAGAGCUGUCAAACUAAAAUAGGGUAGUUUCCAACUAGUCAAAUGAGUUAUUUUUUAUUAAACGUCAAAACACGAAAUUACUAUGGAAUUUGUAUAAAAACGCAACCUGUGACGUCAUAGAAAAACGUGACAAAAUGUCGUACUUAUUACAUUUUUCUUUAUUUUAUUUUAUUUAUUUAUGGAUACAAGCUACACUCUGCACAUGCAAAGUUACAGACAAUAAAAAAAAAGAUUAAGAGCUAACUCAAUUACAAGUAGUCACAGCAUGCACAAUCAGACCUAGGAAACUACCCAAUUAGGUUAGGUUAGUUUGUGUCCGCCCGAAUAGGCCACUGUCUGUCUGUACUAUACCAAAAUGAGAUAACUUAUAAGUAUAUUGUUCGUACCUAAAUAAGAAUUGUGUACCUAUUUUAUUUCAAAUAUUGGUGCUGGUUCCAGUACACAUCAUCUAAUUUUAUUUUAAGUCACCUGUCCUUUUCUUAUCCGCCGAAAAGGAAAGGGAUGGAUGAUUGACAGCUGUUAAUAGGGUAGUUUCUAACUAGUCAAAUCGGUUACUUUUUACUAAACGUCAGAACACGAAAUCACUAUUGAAUUAUUAUUUUGUUUUUUCGCAUGACGCGGUUUGCGUAUUUGCCACCGACAAAAAGGGGAAACAUUUCAUAAUAAUAAAAUAAAUACUAUUGAAUUUGUAUGAAAAAGCAACCUGUGACGUCAAAGAAAAAAGUGACAGUCGCACUUAUUACUUAAAAUAAAAUUAGGUGUCUGCAGGAAUGCCAAUGUUCGCUUUGACAUGACAAAAUUGUGUCAUGUGUUUAAGCCUUACACCCGUAUUUUAAGAUGUUAACAACAACCUUCCUCGACUCUGUCCGCAUAGGGACGGUACUGAAAAGUAUCGGCGUCCGAAGGACGUAAUAUACGAUCCCGACGACCCGAUUACUCUAGCCAUAGAGGCAGCCAAUCAGCUCGCGACACCAAACACUUCAAGACCCCGAUACCGACCCCGCCCGCGAUUCGACGAUUUCCCACAAUCAGCGCUUAUCGCUAUCGAUCCUCUAGGGUCGAUUAAUUCUUUUAAAUAUUUUUCCUCUCAGACGACGCCCUGAGCCGAGGUUCGCACCCAACUGGGCACCCUAGGCCUAUUGUCUUAAACGUUGAACCGGGUGAGAGCCU